AAAUGCUGGCACCUAAUCACCUGCCCCUCCCUUGACUACACCCUCACAAAGCAUGCACGUGUGCCUUCAGCAUGGGCUCAGGCAGGCAGAGAAGCAGUGUCUGCAACACUCCCCAGUUCACCAUGUCUGGCACAGGCAUGGCUCUCCAUCUGGGAAGGGAAAAUUCUGAGCUGCAUACCUGGGUGUGAAUGUGGGAAAAGGCAGCAGGCGUGAGCAAAAUGCCACUAAAACUCAUCUGCUUCAUCCUCUGCACUCUGAUUGCAUCCAGUCUCACAGGACUUUUAGGUGAAGAUGCUCCACUGCCAGCACCUCACAAUAUCUCUAUUCUUUCUACCAACAUGAAACAUUUCCUAAUGUGGAGUCCUGUGAUCGGCCAGGGAGAAACUGUGAGAUACUCUGUUGAGUUUCAGGGGGAGUAUGAACGAGAGUACGCUAAUGAGAGCUGGAUCCCCAUCUGUGAGUGUUCCCUCAUCACAGUCACCGUAUGUAACAUCACAGAGGAUAUCUCAGCCACCGUGGCCUAUAACCUGCGUGUAAGGGCAGACAAUGGUGCUCAAAGAUCAGAGUGGGGCACCCUGAAAGGUUUCUUCAUUCGAAACACAACUUCCCUGACCCCACCUCUGAUGAAGGUCAUAGCAGAUGGGUAUCAUUUAUUAGUGGAGCUGGAAGACAUGGGACCUGCCUUUCAGUUCCUCGUCUUCUACUGGGAGAAGAGCCAGGAGAGCAGGAUGCAACAGAAGAUGGUGAAGGAGGUCAGCUCCGCAAUUCAUCUGGCCACCAUGGAGGCAGCAGCUGAAUACUGUGUAAAAGCCCAGACGUACGUUGAGACGAUCAACAGAAGCAGUAGCUUCAGCCAAACACAGUGUGUGAGGGCACAAGGCAGCGGAUCCAUGUGGCUCAUCACUGUCCUUAUGUCCUGUGUUGGCUUUGCUGCGGCUGCCUUGACUCUGCCUUUCCUUGUCUGGAAAACAAGGAAAAUCUUCCAGUAUUCCUGCUGCCCCAUUGCAGUCCUGCCUGAUGCACUGAAAGUACCAGAGCUCCCCACCCAGCUGAUACUGCAAAGGAGGGAAGAAGCUGAGGAAUGUGAUCUGAUGGUGCACGUGAUCCCCUCAGAAGAGGUUCUCUGCCUAUGGAUUCAAGAAACACUUUAGAGUAUCCUAUAAAAAAAUCUUCUGCAGACCAGGCAGAAUGUGCUUCAGUGUCUACAGAGUGCCAGCAAGCAACGUUGUUCUUUUUGUGCCAAGCCUGCUGCAAGG